UUGCAAAAUAGAUAACCGCUUUGAUCGAUUGCAUUGUCUUGGUGUCGCUUAACCAAGACGUUUGCUAAUCAGGCCAACUGUUUUGGUCGAUAAACAGAACAUAGUGAUGUGCGUGGUGUUUACGCGUACCAAACAAAAUCUUUCAAUAUUUUUGGUUGUCGUUGCCCUUAUUUUCUUUUGCGUGGUGUUUCUGAGUUCAUUGUACCUAUGGAUCAAUAUGUUAUCCCCAAUAACCAUACAGUAUGUUUACAUUAAGAGAAUAGGUUUUUAUUCAGCCUUUACCGGAUAUUUCUUUCAAGUAUUUACGCAGAGUCAAUAGGUAAUCACAUCACAAAUAUCGCAAUUUUUUUUGUAGUUUUUUUUAAAAUCAAUCGUAUUAACUAACGUGAACUAAUCGAAUUAACACUUAUUUAGAAAGAAAAGCCUUAGACCGUAUCAGCAGGUGUUGAGUUAUUCGUAGGCUAAAUAGAUUUCUCCUAACAACUUUUGUUCUGGAUCAUUUAUCUGAACACUUCGUGGAACAUAAACAGACCCCCCGUUCGCAACCAUGAACAAUCUGUUGACAGUAUACAGUAUCGUACAAGACACUUACGCAACAUCUUUUUAAACGCGUCCAAAAUUUCCCUUUGACGCGACUGCGAAACAUUUGCCAUGGGGAAGACAACUUUUUUUCAGAAGGUUCAGAAUCAUAAUAUUUAAUUGAUAUUUCUGCCUUCCGGUUGCUCUUCAAUUCGUUUUAAAAUAAGGAUAACGCCCUCAGGUGACGAGGAGACUUUUCUCCUAUCCUGUUUACUGGAUAUGGCCUUGAAAUUGCACGGGAAAGUUACAUUUGCAUCACAUGUGGGAGGUAGUGGUUUGACUCCUUCGUUGUUCAAGAAAUACCUUCAAGAGCAAUUUUCGUUUUCUUUUGAAUUUUGGAGGCUCAAAUGAAACACAGACAUCAGUGAUGAAUUAUUUUUCAUGGGAGUGCAAGUUACCACCUUACCUUUACGCUAAACUUGUUUUUUUACAGUUCGUGCUGUUUUUGCUUCUCUUCACUAGUUCCCUUGGUGAGCUCGGUUCACUGGUUGUAUCAAACUCGCGUCGCCAUCAGGUUUCCAAGUUAACGCACGGUAAACAUGGCGUCUGGUGCAGCGUGAGAGGGUCUUCUUGCAUUCUCUUGUUGGAUCACGCCACUUUUGACGUGCUUCUCAAGGUCGAUGACGUCACAAGCCUCGACACCAGCUCUGACUCAAGGGUAAUAGCAUUCUGCGAAUCUCGGGUCACAACAAUGAUGGCUCUUGGUGAAGAAUUAUGGGUAGGGCUUGGUAACGGACAAGUUUUAAUAUUUGACGUCACUAGAAAUGACAAAUUCGAAGACGAAGGUUAUGUGGUCCUUGACGAACACAAAGAAUACAAAGAAAAGCGCAAUGAGAGUUCGACCAAAUUUUUGCCAACGAUAUCGGAAACAGAGGAAAAAAUAAAAGAACCGGAACUGACGCCAAGCAUCGAGGAUUCCACGACGCAAUCAGAAGUAAAUUCCUCACCAGAGACAGUGAAUACUUGUACCGACGAAGAAAUUUCAUCGAUUGACGAAUUUAGUGAGAGUCAAUUGAGAGAGUCUCUUGAAAUGUCCAAGAAAAUUGUAGACAGUCAGAACGUGGUUAACGCCCAAGACCACGAAAGUCAGGCACAAAACCCGUCCGGCGAACAAAUUAAACAGGACACCGAUAUGUACUACAGUGAUUACAGAUUUAGACUGAGGCUCAGAGUUCAUUUCCGCAUCAAUGAAGAAGCCAUUCGUUGUCUAUUGCUAGUAAGAGAACAAGAUCCACUGGUCCUCAGCUGUGCGAGUAAUUUCAACGAAGAAGGAGCUUUGUCACUAUGGCAAGAACAAAGAGGAGAGGAAACGAAUGAAUGGCUCCCAUUUUCAAUAAAACAUCGCUUCACCGAGACCGCUGGUCUAUUUUUGAGGGGCGAGAAUACACCGAGUGAUUGACAACCCAAUCCCUUGAUCUCACGCUUUGUUGGUUCAUUCUCCGAAGGCAAGACUGCUCAAUGAUACUGAACAAUUUCCACAUAUUUUUGAGCAAUAAUACAUGGCUUGCACGACCCUCUUUUUCUAUGAAUUUGUCGCUGGGACAGAAAUGUGCGAAUGAAAGAAGCCGUCAUUAUCCUUAGACACUUAAUAGUCGUUCAUGCUCACUAAAAUGUUUUCUGCACUAGUACCAUGUAGGUGGGUGAAAGAUAGGCUAUAAUACUCUUUUUCUAACAUGCACGUUUAUGUGUGUCACAGACGGGCGCAUUUCAUUGAUUUGGUCGCUGGGUCGCAAUGCUGCCGUUGGGCAAACGUGAGAGGUUAAGUUAUAACGUGUUGGCGUGUGCGUGAUAUGUCCAACUCGGUUAGUGGGCUUAGGAUCUUUUUUUUUUGGUUACUUCAGCCAA